AUGUCUGAUAAAUCUGUUGUGGGGAAGACAGUACUCAAGCCUCAUGAAGUUGCGAGACCAAUACACAUACAGAGGCUGGAAGCCGCCUUAGACAUACGACCGUUUGUAAAUCAGGUUGAAAAUAUCUUAAACUCUGAUGGAGGGAGUGAUAGUGAAGACUCAGUUGCAAAAGCAUUUGAAAAUCAACUGACUAAAGGUGAUAGAAUAAUGCAUGGAAUUGUAACAACAAAGCAAGAACGUCAAUGUGAUCGCCUACGUUUGUACAACCUAGCAUCUGUUGGUGAGGAGCGGGAGUGGCUUCGAGAUAUUUUGCUAUCCUCGAGUAAUGAAACAAGCAGUGAUGAUGAUACUCCAUCUGGCAAAGAGAUAAGAAUUAAAAGACUAUUAAAAGAGCGGUAUUAUCACAACAAAUAUGCAAAAAAAUAUUACAAAGAUCCAGGGAACUCGCGCUACAUGUAUUAUGGAGCUGGUCUUCUUUCCACGAUUGAUAGAUACCCAGAGCGCCGUAUCAGUCGGCCAUUACCUCCGGCACCUGCGUUGAGAGGCCGCAGAGGCCGACCGGCUGAUAGGGGGUCCAUUAGGGGGCUACAAAAAGCUAGGAGAGGGAGAGUAAGAGAGAACCGCAGUGGUUUAAAUGAGGGCAGUGAUCUGCCUGAUGGAGUUGAUUGGGAAGAACAGCUGCGAAAUUUGAAGGAAGAAAAUGAUACAGAUGAAUUCACCAUUGUGGAAAAACCGGGUAUCAGAGGCAGGAAGAAGCUGUCGUCGCUGAAGAGCCCCGAGGCGCUGACCGCCCGCCGCCGCCGCCACUGGCAGCUGCUGGUGAAGAAGGAGCUGGGCAAGGUGCAGCGCGCCCGCAGCGCUGCGCACCGCGACAUGGUGCUGCACAGCAAGCGGCUCGCCACGCUCUGCUGCAAGCACUGGCGGCACGUUGCCAUGCAGUCACAAAAAAACAUGAAGGAGACGGUGUGGCGAUGCAAGCGGCUCAGUCGUGAGAUGCAAGCGUACUGGCGGCGAUACGACCGGGCCGAGAGGGAGACCAGGCGACGAAUGGAGCGGGAGGCUGAAGAGCAGAGAAAGAUGGACGUCGAGCUGAUGGAGGCAAAGCGUCAACGGCGCAAACUCAAUUUCCUAAUCACACAGACCGAACUGUACGCGCACUUCAUGCAAAGGAAACUGAACGCUAGCGACGAGGGCGACAGUGGCACGGAUCGCAUACUGAGGCAGCUCGACGAGGACAGAGAUCCGAGGCUUGCCGCUAUAGAUAAUUAUGACAGCGAGGCGAUGAAGGCGCGCGCUUCCCGAAACGCUCGCGAGGCGCUGCGGGCGGAGCGGGCGCGCACUCGGCACUUCGGCGCGGGCGCUGGCGGGGCGGAGGGGGAGGGGGAGGAGGGGGGCGACCCCCCCGGCGACCACUCGCAGCCGGCCAUCUUCCGCGGCACGCUCAAGGGCUACCAGCUCAAGGGCAUGAACUGGCUCGCCAACCUCUACGACCAGGGCAUCAGCGGCAUACUGGCGGACGAGAUGGGUCUGGGCAAGACGGUGCAGUGCAUCGCGUUCCUGUGCCACGUGGCGGAGCGGCUGGGCGUGUGGGGCCCCUUCCUGGUGGUCUCGCCCGCCUCCACGCUGCACAACUGGCAGCAGGAGAUGCAGAGAUUCGUGCCCGACUUCAAAGUCGUGCCGUAUUGGGGUAGUCCGAGCGAGAGGAAGAUCUUGCGUCAGUUCUGGGAGCGCAAAGACCUGCACACGCGCCAGGCGGCGUUCCACGUGGUGGUGACCUCGUACCAGAUCGUGGUCUCCGACCUGAAGUACCUCAACAGGGUGUCUUGGCAGUAUAUGAUACUGGACGAGGCGCAAGCGAUCAAGAGCUCCGCUAGUAUGAGAUGGAAGCUACUGCUCGGAUUCAGCUGUAGGAACAGGCUUCUGCUGUCUGGUACGCCAAUUCAAAACAGCAUGGCGGAGCUUUGGGCGUUACUGCACUUUAUUAUGCCGACGCUGUUCGACUCGCACGAGGAGUUCAACGAAUGGUUCUCCAAAGACAUCGAAAGUCAUGCCGAAAACAAGAGUACCAUUGACGAAAAACAUUUGUCGCGUCUUCAUAUGAUACUUAAGCCGUUCAUGCUUCGACGUAUCAAGAAAGAUGUGGAAAAUGAGCUAUCGGAUAAAAUUGAGAUUAUGGUUCACUGCCCUUUAACUAUAAGGCAGAGACUUUUAUAUAUAGCUUUAAAAAAGAAGAUUAAAAUUGAAGAAUUACUACAUUACUCAGUGGGAGCAGAGUCGGGUCACAAUGUAGAUAAGAAUUUUACUUCAAACCUUAUGAAUUUAGUAAUGCAAUUUAGGAAGGUUUGCAACCACCCCGAACUGUUUGAGAGGCGAGACGUUAGAUCGCCGUUCGCAAUGCAAGUCGACGACUAUCACAUGCCAAAGUUAAUAGCAGAAGACGGAAUAUUAUUACACUGUAUACCCUCCAGAAGACACCUGCUGUACAACAGGCUGUCCAUGCUCACACCAGAGUAUGUGCAUAGGAAUUUAAGUGAUGAUGAUACACCAGACCGGUUCUUCAGCUUUACAAGGUUCAUGGAUCUCUCUCCGAUGGAGUUGUAUAAGGUCAUGCUGUGCGGGUGGUUGUUUGCAAUACAGCAUAUAGAACAGUGCCAAGAAAAAUUUGAGAAGUUACGUCACAGACAACAAUGGUGGGGCUGUAACACUCAUUACAUUGUGAAACAAGAAGAGGAAGAAGAAGAGAUUGCAUCAUCAUAUUAUGAUACAGUGAACAGCAAGAACUUGAUACUGAUUUGUCCUGAUGCUGAUACCCUUAAACAGAGGCGCACCGACAGUUUGCUGUGGAAAGAGCUACUUUUCACAGAUCCUCGCUGGGUUGAAGGUGGUCCAUUUUACACACAUACUGACCAUGUCAUUCACUAUAUGCCUGAGACUGUUGAGCAUCGAGCAAUGCGUUCAAGAAAUUUAAAAGUGGGAGAGGGACAGACUGAGAUGCUUAGCGAGAUCAAGACGGAAGAGGGGGGUUUGAUCUCAGUCGAGCCGCAGCCAGUGGAGGUUGCGGAGAUUCCGCACGUGGAGCGUUCGCCGAUCACAUAUCAGGACAUGCCCACACCGCUGCCCGCUUUCCUGGUUACGGCUCAGCAGAAGGUGUGCGCCCGCACGCGCGCGGCGUUCGCUGCGUCCCGUUCGCACGCGCACCGCUCGCAGCGGCACCUGGCAGGGCGGCUGGCGCUGGCGCCGCUCGUGGCCGCCGCGCGCCCCACCCACGGCUGGGCCUCGCUGCACGUGCCCGAUAAAAACCAGCUUGUCAGCGACGCGGGCAAACUCACUGUAUUAGACUCUCUACUUAAGAGGCUUAAAGAACGCGGCCAUAGAGUCCUUAUCUACAGUCAGAUGACGAAAAUGAUUGAUUUGUUAGAGGAGUACAUGUGGCAUCGGAAGCACAAGUACAUGCGAUUAGAUGGCUCCAGUAAGAUUUCGGCUAGACGCGACAUGGUGGCUGAUUUUCAGGCGCGUACGGACAUAUUCGUGUUUCUGCUGUCGACGCGCGCUGGCGGUUUGGGCAUCAACCUGACGGCGGCGGACACUGUGAUAUUCUACGACUCGGACUGGAAUCCGACGGUGGACCAGCAGGCGAUGGACCGCGCUCACCGGCUGGGCCAGACCAAGCAGGUGACCGUCUACCGGCUCAUCUGCCGCGGCACCAUCGAGGAGCGCAUCGUGCAGCGGGCCAGGGAGAAGAGCGAGAUACAAAGGAUGGUUAUAAGCGGCGGCAACUUCAAGCCGGACACGCUGAAACCGAAAGAGGUGGUCUCCCUGUUGCUGGAUGAUGAAGAGAUCGAACUGAAAUAUCGUCAAAAAUCAGAAGAGAAAAAACUGUUCGAGGACCGAGAACGGAAGAGAAAACUGGGGAUUCUGUCACCUGGCGCCUCGGCGGAGGCGAAGCGGUCGCGCGAGCCCUCCGAGCCCGGCAGCCCGCUGCGCGUCGACGACGAGCCCUCCCCCGCCCCCUCGCCCCCGGCGCCCCUCGCGCCCCUCCCGCCCCUCGCGCCCCUCAACGCCCACCAGCUGCACUCGCACCCCUCGCCUCUGCCCUACACGAACGUGCGCUCCGGCUGGAGCGGCUCCCGCGGCGGCCGGAGCGCGCGCCGCGGCCGCCCGCGCGGCUCCCGCCACUCGCUGUGCCGCCGGCCCGCGCCCGCCCCCGCCCCCCCCCCCGCCGCCCCCCCGCCCCGGCUCGCCCGCCGCCGCGCCCCCCUCGCCCGCCGCCCCCCCCCCCCCCGCCCCCGCGCCCCCCCUCGCCAGUGGACACCGCCUCCGCGCUCGCAGCAGGUCAAAUUCAAAUCCAUAUUCAAAAUUUUACGCAAAAAUAAGUUGUCGGACGCGCCGCUGGAGGUGCUGGAGGCGCGGGGCGCGGCGGAGGGGCGCGGGCGGCGGGGCCCGGGCCGCCCGCGGCUGCGCACCCCCUCCGCCCGGCCCCCCGCGCGCCGCCCGCGCCGCCCCCGCGAGCCUCUGCUGGUGCCGCUCGCGCCCCCGCCC